AUGAACAUGCUGAAAUUCACACUCACGAUUCUCACAAUCGCUGGAUGCUGGCGACCGUUCUCGUGGACGCCACUGAUCAACCACACAUUAUAUAACGCCUAUACAUUAUUAAUAAUUAGCUUACUGUACAGUUUCACAUUUACGCAGUUUAUGGACGCUGUCCUGAACGUCGACAAUCCGGACGAUUUUACUAACAUCAUGUACUUGAUGUUGACCUUGUUUGCUGCAUGCUAUAAAAUACUCAAUAUGUGGGUAAAUCAUGAAAGUUUUGCGAAGUUAAUUCAAAAUCUUACGGAAGGAACGUUUAAACCAUUAGUAUCUGUCGAAGUCGAAAUUCGACGAAAAUUCGAGAAAAUAAUACAGAACAUCGCAAUGUGUUACACUAUCAUGGUUCUGGUAACUUGCGCAAUUCACUAUUUGGUAUCAUUAAUGACGAAUUUCAAAAAGAGGCAGUUAACAUUACCGGGAUGGGUACCGUACAAUUACUCGUCGUUCAUGUUAUUUUGUCUCACACAUACUCAUCAACAUGUAGGCGUGAUAACCGCAUCUCUAGUCAAUGUUUCUUGUGAUAGUCUCAUUGUCGGUUUGUUAUUGCAUUUGUGUUGCCAAAUUACGAUCUUACAAUAUCGUUUGAAAGGUGUCAUAAAUGGCCAAAAUACUCUGCGUGCCUGUGUACUCCAACAUCGCCACAUAAUCAAAUUUGCAAACGCGGCUAACGAGAGAUUCACGAAGAUAAUCGGGUUUCAAUUCAUAACGAGUACAUUUGUAGUGUGCUCGAAUUUGUUCCAAUUAACUAGAAGUAGAUUUAACGUAAAUUUUAUUAUGUUAUCUGCAUAUACGUUUUGCGUACUUGUACAAAUUUUCAUCUAUUGCUGGUUUGGAAAUAAACUCAAACUGAUGAGCAUUCAAUUAGUCGAUAGUAUUUUUGAAAUAGAAUGGAUAGCGCUGGACAAUAAAACUAAAAAGAGUCUUUUAAUGAUUAUGAAUCGCGCGAUGAGACCUAUUGAAUUUAGCAGUGCAUAUGUUAUUAAUAUGAACUUAGACUCUUUUAUAGCGUUGCUUAAAAUGUCAUAUUCUGCUUUCAAUUUGCUAACGCAUAUGCAGGAAUAG